CAUAUCUUGAAACCCUAAUACACUUGAACUUAAACUAUACCUGUUUUAUCUUCGCUUAUUUUUCAUGAACUAAAUCACCGGAAUGCUACACUAUUCGUACGGUACCAUUUGGUCCAAAAAAAAAAUCAAAAAAAAUCGCCCAGUAAUACCUCCAGGAUGGACUUUUAUGUGCAUGCUGCAGGCGUUUUGGAUGAUUUAAAAGAGAGGAAAGGUUCAAUUAAGCAACUUGCAUUCAAGAAUAAAAAGUUUGAUCCUAAACGUACCUAUGCUUUAGUUUGCGAGACCUUAAAAUACACUAAGGUUCUGGACGAAGUCAUUGAACGGUCUGAGUUGCUUAAAAAGGAAAAGAAACUCACAAGAAACCUUGCUAUAGUUUUGGUUCAUGAUCUUCUUCUUACGAAACGAGGAAUCCAAGCAUCCGGCGGUUUAUAUAAAGAUGCGAUAUUACGAAACAAAACACGUUUAAACGGUGAAUUUGUGAAAUAUAAGAUUCAAAAAGGCGCCAAGUCCAACGAGGAGCUAGCGUUGAAGAAUCCCGUAAAUCUCCCUCGAUGGGUCCGUGUGAACACAAUUCUUUCAAACAAGGAGGAAGUGAUUAAAGGACUCGGUGUUGAACCUGUCGACUCAAUUGAUGCAUUGGUACCCGGUAAAGUGUAUUUUGACGACUGCGUGGAGAAUUUACUUGCGCUGGAAAGCAACAUCUCAUUCGUUGGUAAUGAACUGUACGAGAAGGGAAAAAUCAUUAUUCAAGAUAAGGCUUCCUGCUUUCCUGCCGCUGUUUUGCAUGGCAUGCCCGGACCUGUCGGUGACAUUAUUGAUGGUUGCGCGGCGCCAGGCAACAAGACUACCCAUCUGGCAGCUCUGUAUCCGAAUGCAAAGAUAUUUGCUUUUGAGCGUGACGCUUAUCGUGUGAAAACGCUUCAGAAAAUGGUUCGUAUCUCUGGAGCCAAAAAUGUUGAGAUCCAACAUAUGGACUUCACCCAUACUGAUGUUCAUGACGAGAAGUAUGCCAAUGUUACACACAUUCUUUUGGAUCCUUCAUGUUCUGGCUCAGGUAUUGUUAGUCGACAGGACUUCUUGUUGGUAAAUGAGCAAGAUCCUGUUGAUGAAGGUGAUCGAAAAGAGAAUUUGAGCAAGUUUCAAUCCACAAUUCUCAAGCACGCUCUGUCUUUCCCCAAUGUACGAAACGUUACAUACUCUACAUGUUCCGUUCAUCGAGAAGAAAAUGAACAAGUAGUCGAUGAAGUGUUAAAACAAGAGAAGGACUGGUCUUGCGCGCCACUCGAAUCUACUCUUCCACAAUGGCCAGACCGUGGUGUACCUGAAUAUUGCAGUGAUCCAUCCAUGGCCGGCGGAAUGAUCCGCUGUGAGCCGGGACGCUAUGGUACCAUUGGUUUUUUUGUUGCGAAUCUGUUUCACAAUAAACGGUAUGCAGAAGCAACUAGUACGGCUACUCGUCCGUCUGUGACAAAUUCGAAGAGUAAACGUAAAAGAAAGAAGAAAAACGCCAAAGGAAACAAAAAGGCAAAGAACAAUGCUGGUGAUCAGGCGUAAACGUGUAUCUCACUUUUAUCAUUUUAAAAACUAAGGUUUGGUUAUUAAACGAACGAUUCAAGAAUAAUAAAUAGACUGUUAAAAUAGGUAUUUCAUGCGCCAUCUGUGUUAGACGUUGC